GAGAGAGAGAGAGAGAGAGAGGAUAGAGAGAGAGAGACAGGGUGGAGUUACUGCUCGCCUCUGAUAUCAAUGGCGGUUAGGGGUUUUCAACUGAUUGGAAUACAGUAACCCGACCCGUACAAGUUAUCAGUUUCGACGUUCUCUUUGUCGAUUUUUUUUCACCCAUUCGUCUCUUUUCUAAACCCUAAUUUUGCAUUUUGAGGUUUUCGUUAUUGAGUUCAGCAUAUUCGAAGCCGUGCGGUUGGUGCGGUGAAUUUAUUGAACUUCGCGACGGGGCUUAGUUCUUUGGUGUAUCCCAUGGGUUCACAGGACAAAUCACCGAAUUCCAACAAUUCCAUGCAGCGUGUUAAAGUAUAUCGUUUGAAUGAGGAUGGGAAAUGGGAUGAUCAAGGAACUGGCCAUGUCACUGUUGAUUAUUUGGAGGGAUCAGAAGAACUUGGAUUGUUUGUUAUCGAUGAGGAGGACAAUGAAACAUUGCUGUUGCAUCGCAUCAGCUCAGAAGAUAUCUACCGCAAGCAAGAAGAUACAAUUAUUUCAUGGAGGGAUCCUGAGUUUUCUACUGAAUUGGCUCUUAGCUUCCAAGAGACAACCGGUUGCUCAUACAUAUGGGAUCAUAUAUGUAGUCUGCAAAGGAAUAUGCACUUCAGCUCACUGGCCAAUGAGACGUUCAACAACGUCAAUAGUGAGCUGAGGGAGUUGCCUCCUGUUGAGCUCUCUACUCUCCCUUUGAUACUUAAGAUUGUUGAAAGUGGCAUUGCGGAUCAGUUGCGAGUGACUGAACUUAUAAUGCAUGAUCAAGGUUUUUUCCCGAAGCUAAUGGAAGUGUUUAGGAUAUGUGAAGAUUUGGAUGAUGUUGAUGGUCUGAAGUUAAUUUUCAAAAUUGUUAGAGGAAUCAUUUUACUAAACAGUUCUCAGAUCUUUGAGAAAAUAUUCGGGGAUGAGUUGAUUAUGGAUAUAAUGGGUUGCCUAGAAUAUGAUCCUGAGGUAUCUCGUACUGAUCAUCGCAACGUUUUGAAAGAGCACGUGGUCUAUAAGGAGGCCAUAACUAUUAAAGACCCUGUAGUUCUUUCAAAGAUUCAUCAAACUUACAGAAUUGGUUAUCUGAAGGAUGUUAUUUUGCCUAGAGCGCUGGAUGAGGCAAUAGUCGGAAACUUCAAUACUAUUAUUCAGUCGAAUAAUGCUGUUGUCGUUUCUUUGCUGAAAGAUGAUAACACCUUUAUCAAGGAAUUAUUUGCUAGGCUGAAAUCUCCUACGACUUCGAUAGAAUCAAAGCUAACUUUGGUACACUUCUUGCAUGAGUUUUGUACCUUAAGCAAGAGUUUGCAGAUAACGCAUCAGCACAAGCUCUUUAGGGAUCUUGUCAAUGAAGGUAUUUUUGAAAUCAUAGAAGAUGUUUUGCAAAAUGAAGACACUAAGCUUGUUUUGACUGGGACAGAUAUCCUGAUUCUUUUCCAGCAUCUAGAUCCAAGUAUUUUGCGCUCUUACGUAUCUCAGCAGGAAGGUGUUCUUUUGGGACUUGUGGUAAAAAACAUGCUUAGAGAUUUUGGAGAUGAUAUGCACUGCCAAUUUUUUGAAAUUCUUCGCAGUCUUCUGGACUCAUCAACUCCAGGAUCUCAGAAGGAAAAUAUAGUGGACAUUUUCUAUGAGAAGCACUUUGGUCAAUUAAUUGAUGCCAUAACACUCUCUUGCCCACCAAAUAGUGAUGGUCAAAAUGACGAGAAGUCUGGGAGCUCAGAUGGAGGGUCCAGGAACCAAAGUAGCGUGAAGUCUGAGAUUUUAGCAAAUAUAUGUGAUCUGCUGUGCUUCUGUGUUUUGCAACACCCUUAUAGGAUAGAAUACAGUUUUCUUCUUAACAAUGUGAUUGCUAAGGUUUUGUAUCUGAUUAGAAGAAGAGAAAAGUAUCUUGUAGUUGCAGCUAUUCGAUUUGUGAGGACACUUAUUACUCGCAGUGAUGAGCACCUGAUGAGUCAUUUAGUAAGGAACAAUCUUUUCAAACCAAUUAUAGAUGUAUUUGUUGCCAAUGGGGAUCGUUACAAUCUUCUCAAUUCUACUGUUCUCGAACUCUUCGAAUAUAUCCGAAAGGAGAACUUGAAAGUACUACUCCGGUAUCUAGUUGAUACUUUCUGGGACCAGUUAUCCAAAUUUGAAAGUCUAUCUUCUAUUCAUGCCCUAAAAGUUAAAUAUGAACAGUCACUAGAAAGCGUGGGGACAACAAGCACUGGCGGUUUGUUAGACGAAAGGAAAAGGCUUGACGAGCGUGCUCUGGAGAAGGAAGAGGAGGAAUACUUUAACGAGGACAGUGAUGAAGAAGAUUCAGGGUCUGUUCGUACAGUCAGCAGCACUAAGAAAGCCCAAUCUCAACAUCCUGUAUUAGUUAAUGGUCCUUCACCUAACCACACAUCAGCCAGGUCUGGUGGGCUUGUUGACUACGAUGAUGAUGAAGAUGAUGAGGAUUACAAACCCCCUCCUAAAAAAACGGUCGUUGGAUCUGAUGAAGAAGAAGGGCUCCGAUUAAAAAGGAAAUUAGUUUCGCAAGAAGAGCCUGAGCCAAAAAAGUUACGAAGGUCCACAAAAGACUUAACGCCUCGAGAUGGUGUUUUUGCUGCCUUGUGCUCUACUGUGCUACCAAGUAAGAAAGUAGAAAGUGUAAACCAAAACUCUGUUGAACCGAAUCAUCAAGAAAAGGGUUCUACAGGCUCGUCAGAUUGCGGCCAAAACGAUGGAACCGAGAAUCAUUCUGACAAGGAAGAAGUUUCUUCAAGAAGCUUUACGGAAGAGUUGAACGAUUCUGUUGAUAAUACAAAAAAGGGUGGGGAUGAAAGUCCUAUUUUACCACCAAAGUCUUCUCCAGAGAUGACCGUGAAUGGAUCUUGAGUAAUUGUUGUAGAGAACUCAACCGAAAAUAACGGUGAUAUGACAACAAAAAACGAAAAAAGCCCGUCAAUACUGGGAGAGGAUACUGUACAGUACUUUAGGAUUUCAUUGCAAUUUCAGCUGACUAAUUAAUUGUCAGUUAUCAAGACUUGCAUCAUCUCUAUAUAGUUUUUUUCUUUACGCUAAUAACUACAUCUUGGUUGAUUUUUUGUUCUAGUUACUUUUAUCUUACAUUGAUAUUAGUCUGAGUUGUAUGGUAUACUGAAGGAAGGCAGCAAAAAUCUGUCUUGCAUGUUGUUGUUACUUUUUUUUCUCAGGCAGUUGUCGGUGUUAGUGUAAAGAAAUGUACAUUUUAUUUCGAGGAAAACUAUUUUAUUUCUCGAGUCUUUUCCGAUGUAGAUGUAGGUUGGAUAGGAGUUAGGACUGAGUUUUUAGUUUACUUGUUGCUGUUUUCUGAGAAAAUAUGUUAACACUUAACAGCAGGCUAACGGUAACAUUUUCAAAUUUCAUUAUCUUUUUGCAUGAG